AUUGGGCUGGGAUCUUGGCAAGGAAUUCCCAGAUUUCCUGUGGAUCCCUGGGAAUGCCCAAGGCUGGGCUGGACAUUGAAACUCGGAUCUGUCUGGGAUUGGGGAAAUAUCCCUGAUCUGGGGGUGGGAUUGGAUGGGAUCCAAGGUCCUUUCCCACCCAAACCAUUCCACGAUCCUGGUGCCUGAUUUCCGUCGGGUGUUCCCGGUCCCUGCCGUGCUCUCCCUGUCCCGGCAGCGGCGCUUCCCAAAAUAAUCCACCAGGAAGAGGAGGAAGGUGAAGCUCUCCCCAGACCGUUGUUUCCUCCAUCUUGGCAUUUCCUUCGGAGUUCUCUGGAGCUCCCACGGCCCUUCCCAGAACCCCAGACUGGUUUGGGUGGGAAGGGACCUCCGAUCCCAUCCGAUGUCACCCCCUACCACAGAUGGGAACGUUUUCCAUAAACCAGCUCAUUCCAAGUUUUUCCCAACCUGGAUCCCAUCCCUGAGGUGAGUCCCGGCUAUCCCUGGGAGAUUCAGCAUUGGGAAAUAACCCGGAGAGGUAAAAACUCAUCCCGUGGGAAUCGGGGGUUUCAUUCCCAUCCUUCGGGAGAUUCCCGAUCCAUGGAAUUAAGGUUGGUGCUGAUCCUUUCAUGGUUGGCUUCGGCAGCGUUCCAAGUGCUUCCCACAGGGAUUCAGAGGGAAUGUUUGUCCUCUGGAGCUGGGAAUUCCGGAGGAAACACGAACGGAAAGGCAGGAGGUGGCUCUGGAACCUCCGGAACGAACUCGGCUUCGCGCGCAGCUCCCGUUGAAAUCCGGUUCUGUUUAUGGAGGGAGGAGGAAUGUCGGGAGAGAGCCGGAAUUUUGGGAAUGCUGUCUGGUGGGAAUCUGGCUAUUGUUGGUUUGGAGAGGAUUGAUAGGAUUCAUGUUUUUCCUGGGGGCCUGAGCAGUUUGUACAACCCCAAAUCUCACACCCGGAUGGGAACAAACUGCGGGAAUUGUGUUGGAAAAUCCUCCUCUCCCGCUCCUGUGUUUGGUCGUUCCCUGUAAGGUUUGUUCCUUGAGCUGUGAACUUCUGCUCAUGGAAAAAAAUUCCACCCGGAAUCAGCUCGGGAAGCCAAACCCCGUGACGGCAUCGGCGAGACGAGAACCUCGGGAAUUCAGGAAUUCAGCGCGGAGCCUCGGGAACAGCCGGGAAAACUGGAAAACCUCAAGAAGAAUCCAACUCCAGGAGACAACAGAUGGACAAUGGGGAAAACGAGGAAUUCCCGGCUUUGGAGCUCUCCUGGUUUGGGCUGGGACGAGGUUGGGAUUUUGGGAAUGAGGAUGGGAAGCGCUGAUGUCGCGGCCGCAGAUUUGUCCUCGCCCUAAAUCGGAAUUUUCCGGUGUCCCCGAGGAGCCGCACAAGGACUCGGAUUUUUCCCGGUCUCCGUCUCGGACGGGGCUCGGAGCAGCGUGGGAUAACGGGAGCUUUGUGUUGUUCUUGGAAAGUUUGGCACCACUUGUGAAUUCCCUGAACCUUGGCCUUGCCGGCCCCUUUGUGUCGGGCCCUCCUCCUCCUCCUCCUUUUCAGCUUGCCCAAAUUCAGACCCACGUGGCUCUCCGGCGCGGCGGGCGGGCACCUCCCCACGCUGGCGUCCGCCGGGCAUUGCUGAAAGACGCAAUGUUUAACCCCAGAGGAACCUUGCCCCCGAGGCCCAGAGGACCCAACCCGGAGGGCGCCAAAACGCCACCGGCGGCUUUCGGGGCCGCGGGCGCCGCGGGGCCGCCCAGGAAAGCGGCGCCCGCCACGCCCCAAGGAGCGCCCCAAAGAUUCUCGGGGCAGGAGGCGCUGCAGUGGACGGGCUCGCAGAGGAUCAACGUCCGCGUCACGCUGCACAGGGCCGACCCCAGGAAGGUCAAGGAGAAGAGCGGCCUGCACCCGGAGCAGAAGGGAGAUCCGCGCGCCAACCGCUGGGACGGCGGCCCCUGCCCCGCCGGGCCCAAAGCGCCCGGCCCGGUGCCGGUUCUGGAGCAGAAUUCCAACCCGCAGAACCGCUACACGCCCGAGAGCGCCUCCAGCAUUUUAGCGAGUUUCGGGCUGUCCAACGAAGACCUGGAAGAGCUGAGCCGCUAUCCCGACGAUCAGCUGACCCCCGAGAACAUGCCCAGGAUCCUGCGGGAGAUCCGAAUCCGGAAGAUGGGCCACGCCGUGCCCGUCCUGCACGCCGCGAGCCGCGGGGAGGAGCCGGUGGGCGAGAGCGGCGGCGCCGUCAAGGGCAAAGUCAUCGACUACGGCCACGCCAGCAAGUACGGCUACACCGAGGACCCGCUGGAGAUCCGCACCUACAACCCCGAGGCGCUGCCCGAGGAAGCGCCGGAAGCGCCCGUCUACAACGCCGACGGCUCGAGCGCGGAGAACCGCGAGGAAUUCCAGCGGGAGCAGAGCGUGCCGGUGGCCGUCCCGCCGCCCAACGUGCCGUGCGGCCCCGCCUUCCCGGCCGAAGAGCUCGUCAAGCUGCCGGCGUUUCCCGGCGAUUCCUCGCCCGCUCCGCCGUUUUUCCCGGCCGAGCCGCCGGCCAAGGUGCCGGUGCUGUGCAGCGCCGCUCCCGCCGCGCUGCCGGCGCCCAAGCCGGCGUCGCAGCCGCCGAUGCCGCCGGUGCUGCCGCCCAUGCUGCCGGCGCUGCUGCCCGCGCCGCUGCCGCAGCCCAUGCUGCCGCCGGGGAUGCCGCCGCUGGUCCAGCCGCCCGUGUCCCAGCACGUGCUGCCGCCCUUGACGCCUCCGCCCUUCUCGGCCGGGCUCUUGGCCGCCAUCAGCCAACACGAGCAGAAACAACGCGACACCGGCACCGCGCAUGGCGCCGCCCACGCCCACACCGCAUCCUCAGCGGGACACAAACCCUUCCACAAAUCCUUCCAGCUGCCGGCAGAGGAGCCCAUCAAAUCCCCGUUCGGGGUGGUGAAGGCGUCCUGGCUGCCCGUGUUCCCGAAUUCCCAGAAGAACAAACGCCUGCCCACCCCGUCCAUGAUGAACGACUACUAUGCCACGUCGCCGCGAAUAUUCCCACAUUUGUGUUCUCUGUGUAACCUUGAAUGCACUCAUAUGAAGCAUUCCAUGAUUCCGGGAACCGACAUCGGAUGAAGAUUCCCAACGAGGAAAACCUUCCCAAUCCAACAAAAUUCCAACGGCGGAUUCCGAGGUCGGGCAUCGGCGCCGAGCUCUUUUCCCACAGAUCCUUUUAAUCCGUUCCCCAUGGGAAGAGAAGAUCCAAACAUCAUCCCUCCAACUUGGCCAAAAUUCCUGGAUUUUCUGGAAUUCCUGGAAAAGCUGAAUUUUCCCUGGAAAAAAAAACAACCUGGAUUUAAUUUUUUUACAGAUUUGUUCCAUUUUAAGGUGGAUUUUUUAUAAUUUUUUUUGCUUCAAAAGCCACAAAUUUUGGUGUUUCCCACCUGUAUCCAUGGGAAUUUUUUUUUUAUGGAAAAAGGAUGGUUUGAAACUUUGAAUAUUGGGAAUUUUGGGAAAAAAUUGUGGGAAUUUAUGGAAAUUUGAGGUUGGGGAAGCAAAGGAAUUUGAUUUGGCCUGGUUUUUAUCUCGGGCAGAAAGGGACGCGCUGAGAGGUUGGAUUCGGAAUUUUGAGGGAUUUUCCAGCCUCAGGAAUUCCGGGAAUGUUCCCGUGGGAUCCUCAGGGUUGGCUGUGAGGAAGUGAGGCCACACCAAGGUGGAUUUUUGGGAAUUAAAAUCAGAAUUUGAGAGAAAAAUCCACGCUCAGGCCGAGUAUUCCCAAAAAUCUUUGUGUCCUGGAUGGUUUUUUAGGGAAAAAUUCCGGAUUUUGCUGCGGGAUUGGCGGGGUCCGACCCCACCGCUGUUCCCUUUCAAUUCUAAUUUCCCAAAUCCUCAAAAUCUCCGAGGAUUUUAUGGAUUUCUGAUCAGAAUCACAUCCCAAAGCAGGAUUUGAGGGGUUCCUCCCUCUCCAGACACCUCCCGUUCCGGAUGAAGCGGAUUUUCCCGGGAUAACAACGAUUCCUUCAUCCUUAAUCCCAUCCCCUUCGGAAUGAAGUGGAUUUGAAGUGUUCCCAGCACAAGGAAUGGGAUUUAUCCUUGUUUUUAUUCCCAAAAAUCCCUUCAAAAUCGGGAUCGACGCCUCCUCGGACCUGGAAUCUGCAAAAUCUUUGGGAUUUUCUGUUUUCCAUGAAGAUUUACCCCCGGAAUUCCUUCGUUGGAAUUGCUCCGUUGUCUUCCAGGAUUUCUCGGUGCUGAUCCAUGAAGGAGAGGGAUGGAAUUAGGGAAGGGUGGGAAUAUGGAGGAGUUUGGAUGGAAUUUUGGGAUCAUCCUUUCCAUUCCAUGAGAAUUCCAUGGGUAAAAUAUUCCCGAAGAAUUGAAAUGAGCGGGAAUGAGGCAAAAAGGAGGAAAAUCCAUAAAUCCAGAAGGUUUUGGUUGAUGAGGACUCAGCAAAGAGGAGAAGAUUCCCAAAAAAUCUUGGAUCCCUCCUUGGCACCGCGGGAUUGGAAUUCUAAAUUCCCUUUUCAUUCCCGAGUUUUCCUUGAGGAACAAUUUUGGUUUCUCCCGGUUAAAUCCUGGAAAAAUCUGGAUCCUUGGGAAUAGGAUUGUUUAGGCCUGGAAUUAGGGAAAAACCCACUUGGAAUGUUGAAAUUGCCGCUUUAUCCUGGAAUUAUUCCGUCAUCCCGACUUUUCCCAUCCGUUAUUUUCCCGAUUAUCCCAGAUUUUAUCGGAUUUUGUGCCGUAAGAGCAGCCGGGAGUGAAUUUUUUUCCCGAGGAUAUUUAAUAAUUCUCACGGCUGAUGUUCCACCUCGAAGAAUUCCAGAGUUUUCCAAGGAAUGUCCCUUCUCCAUAAAAAACCGUCUCAUUUUUUUCCCAGCUCCCUGUCGAUAUUCCCAAUAAACCCCAAAUUUAGGGAAUUUUUUUUAGGGAAUUAAAUCCCAUUUUUGUCGGAUUUUUAAACGCUAAACGAGCCUGGAAAAACAUCCCAGGUUGGGUUAAUUAAUUGAUUAAUUAAUUGACUUAAUUCACUGACUUAAUUGAAUUAAUUACUUUAAUUAAUUGAUUUAAUUGAGGUUUCUGUAGCGCUGUGAAUCAGCUCUUUUCAUCUCUUGCCCAAAUUCCAUGGAAAUUGGACUUUUCCGAGGGAAAAGUGGGCUGGAAGGAGAAGGAAGCGGCGGCUCCC